AUGAUGGCUACAAAUACUUCUAUAACACAUAGUCUUAUCGAUAUUGGAGCAAAUCUUACACAUAAAUCAUUUCAACAACAUCUUCAUCCAGUAUUAGAACGAGCUGGUAAAGCUCAAGUUUCACAUAUUAUUAUUACAGGUACAAGUCUCUCAGGUAGUCGUGAAGCUAUUCAUAUUGCUACAAAAUAUAAUCAAGAACAACAAAUUGUUAAACUUUAUUCAACUAUUGGUAUUCAUCCACAUGAAGCUACACGUCAUUCAAAAUAUAAUUAUCGAGAACAACUUGUAAAUUUAUUAAAAGCAAAUAAAAAUAUUGUUGCUGUAGGAGAAUGUGGUCUUGAUUUUGAUCGUAAUUUUUCAUUACAUGAUGAUCAACGACAUGUAUUUGAUACACAAUUACAACUUGCUUGUGAAUUUAAUUUGCCACUAUUUAUGCAUGAACGAUCAGCUUCGACAGAUAUGUUAUCUAUAUUAGAAAAAUAUUCACAACAUGAAAAUUUUCAUGGUGUUAUUCAUUGUUUUACAAAUCCGUCUUUGGAUAUUCUUCGACAAUAUCUUUCUCUUAAUCUUUAUAUUGGUAUAACUGGUUGGAUAUGUGAUGAAAGACGUGGUAAAGAUUUAGCAAAAUUAAUUCCAAAUAUUCCAUUAGAUCGUUUACUAAUCGAAACGGAUGCACCAUUUUUAUUACCACGUAAUAUGCCAAGACCUUGGCCAAGUCGUAAUGAACCAAGUUAUUUACCAUAUGUUGUGAAGAAAUUAGCCGAAUGUUAUUCGAUUUCAAUCGAUGAAGUUGCUAAACAUACAACUGAAAAUGCAAAAAAACUUUUUAAUUUAUAA